CAGUUUUUAGAAAGUUUCUCUCGUUACUCGACUUAGUUACCAAACUUUACAAACGUGUUCGUGUGAGGUGGACAAGGCGGCUCUUUACAACGUUGUUUGUCUUUGCAGGCACUGAGACAAGCGCAGGUGCCUGGGAUGAUCACAGAAUGGACAGUACAGAAAACAGGAAGUUGGCAGUGAACUGCACAAACAGUUGUGCUUGGUCAGGAUGUGCUGUGCUCUUCCUGCAGUGUAGAAAUCCAGGAUGUGACCUACUCACCUUCUACAAAGAUAAGCAUGGAAAGUUCAGCCUGUUUAAAGUUAUCAAACUCACUCUUACAGAUGCUGUAGGUGGGCUUGAUGGGUAUGAAAUCCUGAAGCUGCAUGAUGCUGACCCCUUCCUGGGGGUGGAGCUGAAGUUCAUGACCCUCCUCUCUUGUAAACGGUUCCUGGACAGCUAUGCGUGUGGCUCGCUUCUGCAGUUCCUGUCCCAGCAUGCUUCACGUCUGCUCGAACUCGCAGAUGGCGUUCCUAUGGAAGCCAGGCUGCAGGCAGGAACACACAUCUUGGACCAGAACCUUGAAGACCCAGACCUCUGCUUACAUUAUAUAUACCAGUCUCAGCCAGUACAUUUGCGAGAUGAUGAGGUCACACAACUGGAGCAGCAGCUACAGAAUAGCUAUGCUUCUCCUGCUCCUACAUCACAGGAAGUGCCAAAGAACUGCUUCUUGUUCCAGAAACGUGUGUUUGAUGACAGGCCUCUGACAUCUGCAGACCAGCAGCGGUUCGCUGCUCAUGUGGGACGGGACUGGAAGCGAGUGGGUAGAGCUUUACAGAAGAGCUGCAGAGCCCUGAAGGGCCCUGCCAUCGAUAACCUUGCCUACGAGUAUGAGAGGGAGGGGCUUUACGAACAGGCCUAUCAGCUUAUGGGACGCUUCAUCCAAUCAGAGGGUCGGAGUGCCAGGCUUGGACGCCUCAUCAACGCACUGGAGGAAAGCAAGUUAAUCAGCAUGGCUGAGAUCAUGUUGGACAUCCAGCCACGAGAGUGAGAGACUUGAAAAGUGUGUGUGUGUGUGUGUGUGUGUGUGUGUGUGUGUGUGUGUGUGUGUGUGUGUGUGUGUGUGUGUGUGUGUGUGUGUGUGUGUGUGUGUGUGUGUGUGUGUGCAUGCGCGCGCACGUGUGCAUCUCCAUCUGGUACUUAGGGGUAUGGUUUUGUAUUUUUAAAAGUUUUUUUUGAAAUUUUGUUUUCUACCUUUAAUUUCAAGUGACAUUAAGUACAUGAAGGUUGCAAGUGGGCAUCAUGUCCGUGGAUUGUUCAGUGUUUGGCCACUCCUGAAUGUGUGGGAACGUUAAUUAAUGUGCAGGAGUUGUAAACUCCUUGCAACUUAAAAAAUAUUUAUUUGUUAACAUAAAGGUAUUUUACAGGCUAAUUGUAACUUAACCCCUAUCUAUGUAACAAACUGUCUGUUGUCACAGACACACAUUUUCAAAAUGUCUCCAUGAAUUAAGGAGAAAAAAAUAUUCAAAAUAGAAACCAGCUAGUAUUUUAAAUAAACACUUCAAACAAAAAGUGAUAUUCUGUAGAAGACUCUUCUGAUGUUGUGUCCAAAGUAUUUGUACAUUAAGCUGUAAAAACAGCAGUUCAUUGUUUCAGAGAUGCAACAGAAUUUUAGUAUGAAUAAUCUUGAGAUUCUGUUUGAGCAGUCUUAUUCUGGCACUUGUAAGUGUAAUGGUUAUCGUUUCACUGUAGGAUUGUGCAGUCUCAUAAUUUAAGUGUAUUUACAAUAUUGAGCACUACUUUGUUAGGAGUAAUGACCACACACUUAAAAUGAUUUGGUUCCUUUUCUGUUAUUAUACAGAAAUAUGUGAAAUUUCUGUGGUAAUAGGAGGUUGUGGUAGAUAAAGGUUGUUACAUGUAGCCUGGAUUAUCCCUUGAAUGUCUCAUCUGCCAUGUUUGUAAAUAGGAUUUCUUUUCAUGUGGACACAAGAUUCUGUCCUGUAACGAAGGCCAAGGCAGAUUAUCGACACAUGACUGGACUUCACUGGGCCAUUUUAACUAUUCAUCGUAACAAAUCUUUCUCAUGAUGAGCAAAAGCUCCACAGUAUAAUAUUACCAUUAUCGUUCUCUCUCCUUUGGUUUGGCAGUACUGCGGUUCUGCUUUUCCUUGUUGACUUCUUAGCACCAAGAAAGUCUGCUGCUGUUUCUUCCUUCCACUCUGCCCUGAUUGGACCCUUGGUUGAAGGAAAAAUCUCUAUCCCCUUGAGUCUUUCUUUGUUGUUAUGAGGUGUGAGAAUAUCCACACUGCAAUCCUCUUCAAGGAUUCUUUGGAUUAGCAAACCCUGGCAGUUUCACUGUCUCCUGAGUGGCUAACUGAGCAAUACAUCCUGCUGGCCAGUCUCCAGUACUGACCCUAGUGAUUUUGUAUGCACAGAAGUCUUCAUUUGGAUUCUCUCAGAAACCUGCAGUGUAAGAUGCUCCAGCCACACUGAGUUAUACAUUUUCUUGAUGUCACCCAGGACUGCCUGCACACUCUUUCUGAACCUCUGUGAAACUGCUCUGAUUGGACUUAGGACAUCUGGUCCUUUAAGUAGGUCAUUCAUACUCUGCUCUUUUAAACUUUUGGCUGCUGUUUCAAAUGGGGUGCACAGGUGUUGUCACUGAAUGGAGGCUGGGUGGCUCAUGUACCACACUGGACCUUUCCAGUUAUCCCUCUCCACGGUGAGUUCUACGGCUGCUUCCCAUUCCAUCAUCUCUCAAAUCUGAGCUGCACAAGUGAUACUGCACCUUGGUUCCCUUUUGAGCUGUUGUAGCAGGUGUUAAGGAUUACCAUGGUGAUGUAUGUUAGUAUUUCAGGCCUUUAUAAGGGCAUUCAGACAUGUUUUAUAUCUAGUUUUCAUGAAUCGGCUGCAUUUAAGGGUGUGUGAUCCUACAGUGCUGGUACUUCUGGACACUUGUCUGGCACUAACACACCUUGAUUCCAUUUAUCAGGUGAAUAUCAAGUUCUUCAUGAACUGAGUCAGGUGUUAAGGGAAGUAAGGCAGCACUGACUUACUCAGUUCCAGCUUACUCGAUCUCACUGAUAUAGCAACUGACUUUCAUCAGCAAAGUCCUCAGGCCUUAGCUUGUGCUUUCAGUAAGGCAGGUCUCAGUUUGAAUGUUUGGUCUUCUACCUGAAAUGAUGAAUAAAAAGCGUCUGUGUUUUUAUA